GGAAGCGACUAUUGGGGAAAGUGGUUGGAUAUGAAUACCGGGUGGGGCGGGCAACCAUCUGGGAGAGAUUUGUGAGGGAGUCCUGGGUCCCCGACCCGCUGAGGAGAUGGAUGAGGACGGGCUUCCUCUCAUGGGGUCGGGCAUAGACCUGACCAAGGUGCCAGCUAUUCAGCAGAAAAGAACGGUGGCAUUUCUAAACCAAUUUGUGGUGCACACAGUACAGUUCCUCAAUCUCUUUUCUACAGUUUGUGAGGAGAAACUGGCAGACCUUUCUCUCCGUAUCCAACAAAUUGAAACAACUCUCAAUAUUUUAGAUGCAAAGUUGUCAUCAAUCCCGGGCCUAGAUGAUGUCACAUUUGAAGUAUCUCCUAUAAGUGUCACUAGUGUCACAAAUGGGCCACAUUCUGAAGCCACUUCAGAACAAUCACAGCAGAACAGUAUACAAGACCCUGGACCACAGGAAAGUGAAGUAACAGCAGGAAAUAUCUUAACUGUAGCCAAGGAUCCAAGAUAUGCCAGAUAUCUCAAAAUGGUUCAAGUGGGUGUUCCAGUGAUGGCAAUAAAAAACAAAAUGAUAUCUGAAGGACUAGACCCAGAUCUUCUUGAGAGGCCAGAUGCUCCAGUGCCUGAUGGCGAAGGUGAAAAAAAUGCAGCAGAAAGUUCAGAUAGUGAAUCUUCUUUUAGUGACUAAACUUAAUUUAGAAAAGAAUUACAUAUACAUCUAUAGGUGUACAUGUACAUUCUAUAAGAGAAGGAACGUGAACUUGAACUCUUAGUCACAAAAACAUCUAAUGGCCAUAUAUCCACCACAAAGCUUCCUCUGUGUUAUAAAUAAAGCAUUUAUAAACUUGAA